GAGAUGAAGAAAAUGGCAGCCCCCUGAGUGGAGAAAAUGAUAUAAUUUUAAACUAAAAAAAAAGACAACUUUAAAAUGUUGCGAUCUGUUCUUAGGAUAGCCUCUUCACAAUGUUCAUCAUUACUUUUUUCAUCUAGAAUAGCAGCUACACCAGCUUCACUUAAAAUUCAGAAUUAUUCUACCUCAGAGGAGAAAGUUGAAGAGUCCAGUGAGAAAACUGCAUCACCAGAAAAUGUUUGGUCUGAGGCUGAUUUUGGACAAACUUUUCCAAAUAAAGACACAGCAUCAAUGCUAAUAAAUGAUGUGCCAUUUUGUGAAUUACCUAUAAUACAUAUAAAAGCUACAUCUAAUAACACUAUAUUAUCAGUAACAGACCAUAAAGGAGUUGUGAUGUAUUCAGAGACAUGUGGUACUGUUGGAUUUAGAAAUGUAAAAAAAGGAACCAAUAUUGCUGCCCAAGCUGCAGCUAUAUCAAUAGCACAGAAAUUAGCUCGUGGUAAAGGUAUUAGAGUGGUCAGAAUUAAUGUAAAAGGAUUUGGAGCUGGAAGAUUGGCAUCAAUGACAGGUUUUAAGAUGGCUGGUGUCACUAUGGUAUCAAUAACUGAUAGUACCAAAUUACCACAUUGUGGUAAUAAACCAAAAAGAAAAAGACGUAUUUAGUAAAACAUAUGAAGACAUUUAUUUAGAAACUUUAGUAUUUGAGCUAAUGAGUGAUCUUACUGAUUUUGUGGAGAUGAUGAGCAUGUGAGAUAAUCAUUUGAACUUUGACCUUUUAUUCGGGACAAUAUUUAUUAUGAAUUUUAUGAUCACAUGAAACUGCCCUUGAAUAUGUGUGAUAAUAAAAAAUAUCAUCUUAGUCUACUUGUUUUAUUAUGAUCGUCGACCUUGUCUGUGGCACUAGUAGCCACGAGUGACAUACAAUUUGUAAAAUUCACUGUCAUGAUAAGCAAUAAAUAAUCAAUAUUCU